AUGUCUGGAGAUGUCUCAGUUCUUCUGGGCCACAUCACUAACUACCGCAUGCUAGUAGAGACUCCAACCCUUUCCCAAGGCCCUCUAGCCUAUAGGAAUCUCGCUCAGCACUCCGGUCACCCCCAAUCCCUUCCCGCUCCACGCAGCGUGAUGAUGAAGACCAGUCACUUACCCCAAAGUCGAAUUAGACGCCAGCGGCAGCGUCACGUCACUGGAUUUACCGACACCGAGAAACUUCAUAGGAAGAACACCGUCCCUCUCACUAGCGAGGACAUAGGACCUUCAGAAUGCUCUCGAAAGACAACGCCAUCCAGGCCGGCUCCCGAGAUACCAACUUCACCACUAUGUUACAAAGAAGAUGAAUAUUUGCCCUUUCCGGCCGCAGAGAUCCAUUCCUCCCUCUCACCCUCCCCACUCGCCAAACUGUCUGCCUCCAAUAUCGAAGAGCCCCUCCUCCAGACGCCAGGAGGGAAUCCUAACAAAAGACAGAGGACCUCCGGAAGGUCAAACGCACCUCCCCCGCCCGAAGACGAGGAAAACAGAGAAUCGCGACGAAAGACAAACCUUGCCCACUUGCUCCCGAUGCCAUGCGAAUUCCCUGACCCUCGUGCCACCGCCAACCUGCCUACGGCAGGCGACGAGUUCCCCUAUGACAAGUUCACCCGCUCCGGAGAAACGCCUGCGACACUUCCCGCAGGAUCCGCAACCCCCUUCACGGACCCUAUAUACCCCCGCAAGAUAUCCGCGAAGCCAUUGCCACCUCCCCUGAAAAGUUCAUCAGCCAUUCCCUUUGGAGCAGGUCCUAAGUUCUAUGCCGAAAACCGCAAGGCAGAUCUCUUACUGAAAACCUUCCUCGAAGGUCUCGACUUCCCAGACAAGGGAAAGCUCACGGUUUUCUUCCCUAUCGAAGCGAAGGAGGACAAGAAAGCAUGGGCCAUCACAGCUUUCCAGGGCAACGUCGUCAGCAACGACCCUGACCUGAUACCUGAAGCUCUCGCCUGCAUCAAAGCCGCUACCUGGCGCGACACCUCCAUUCAAACCCUAGUCAAACGCAUCACCCAGGCACAAGGACGUCCAGGAAACCCCGUCGAGCUCACGGUCAAGAUGACCCAAUCGUGGCGGCUCUCAUACAUCGGGACGAAGAACUUUGACGACGAUAAGGGACCUGUCUUUCUCUUGACAGAGGAGCCCAUUACAGACAACCUUGACCUGCACAAGGUGAUCGCUGCCCACAUCCGCAAACUGAAAAUCCGGGUCAACUACCAACAGCUGAUCAACGUCGACAAGAUCAUUGGCUGCGACUGGUGCAAGAACCAGAACCACCCGAGUCAUGCAUGCCCGUUCCUAGGAGUUGACUCCACCAGGUAUGGUCCCUCCACUGACGAACUCCGUCUGCGAAUGAUGAAGACGGAAACUCUAAAAGACGCAUUCCGGAAACAGAAGGAGGACAGUACGAAACCGGGCGGUAGCUCCAAACGUGGAAAGCACAACGACGAUGGCUGGAAUGUAGUCAGGCAUGGUAAAAAGCAGUAG